UACAAUUUUGGGAUUAAGGCUAUAAUUAGAGCAGUACUAAUAUCAUAGUAGACCAUAAUUCUACAAUUUACUUCUUGGCAUAAAUAACAAACAUUCUCGGAAUAACCCGACUGACAUUUGAAUGCCUCGAUUGCAGAUAUGGACACGUUGAAAUUUGAGUGGUCUUUCGAAUGUGUUCCGAUCUGAAUAACACGAUGAAUGUGAUAGUGAAGGACACAACAGAUUAAAGAUAAAUCUCAAUGAACCACAGAAUUUAAAAUUAAUACUUAUGAUUUGUUACUUGAUACUUUUGUCUGAACUCUUAUUGCUAUUGUUCUUUCCAUAGAAGGAAUACCACUUUAUGAUGUUGGUUGUUUAUGAAAGAAAAGAAACCAAGUGGAUGAUGUCAAUAUAAUGUUGUGAUGGGUCAGCUGCCUACUAAUACGUAAGGCAAUAUAUCACUAUUUGAUUAAAACAAAUAUUUCAAAUUAAUUUGAAGCUGAAUCACCUCCGAAUGAUGAUCAAAAAUACUUUCGUUAUUGUUUUAACAUUCACAACUCUACUGCUGAAUACUCACAACGGUAUGGAGGGAAAAUCAUCAUACAAAACCUACUUAAAUCGAAGUGGGUUAUUCAACAAAACCCUUAUUGAUUUCACUGAUACUAAAAACAAAACUGUAUUUGAAGGCUGGAUAGAGUAUUCAGAUAAAGUUCAACGAUCUAAAGCCACGCUCGUACCACUUUAUGGACAGAAUUACCAAUCAGCCAUAUUCUUCUAUCUACUCAACUCACGACCAAAUGGAUCUAGUUUUGCUGGCGUCCACAGGAUAAUUUAUAUUCCGGUUUGGCCAGCAUAUGGCGGUGUAGUAAUUGAUCUUCAUAGACAAGGUCUAGAUUCCACCUUCAAACUGAUAUUCUAUGGAAACUGUGGAGAUAUACAAAAUUGUGGAACAUGUGAGUCAAAUUUCAAGGUAAUGUGAAAUUCAAUUUGUUUUAUAUGAAGAAUUUAUAGACAUCUGGCGUACGACAACGAAUAGAACUACCAUUUAGCAAAUUUACAGAACACUGUCGUGAAAGACAGAUGUCCAAUCAACCGCCUUUAAAUCUAAACCAAAUAUCUGGAUUCGGAAUUCAAGCACAUACAGGUAGAAAUGGGACUAAACAGCAAAAUGGUGUAGGUUCCAUCGAAAUAUUCACUAUUUCAAUAUAUAAUGGAGUCCGAAAGCCAAAUUAAACACACCGAGCUUAUAUGGAAUUUCGCCUACUUGAUAUGUAGCACUUAUUGAUAGUAUGAUAAUUUUCGUUUAUAUUAAAUAACUGGGUCAAUAAAUAACACAUAUCCACCUAUGAG